GAAAUCGCAGCGAAAAGCUGCGACCCCCACCAGGCGCCCGAGAAAAACGUCGAGUACCUGCACUCCUCAACCAGUCCACGACGACGACCAGCAACAGACCCUCCGUCUCCGAUACCCUACCGGCAAACCGACAUAAUGGCUGAUCGUGGAACUUCUGGCCCCCGUGGCGGCGGCUUCGCUUCCCGUGGCGAUCGUGGUGGUGACCGCGGCCGUGGCCGUGGUGGACGUGGCCGUGGCCGUCGCGGCGGCAAGUCCGAGGAGAAGGAGUGGCAGCCCGUCACCAAGCUCGGCCGUCUCGUGAAGGCCGGCAAGAUCAAGAGCAUGGAGGAGAUCUACCUCCACUCUCUCCCCAUCAAGGAGUACCAGAUCGUCGACUUCUUCCUCCCCAAGCUCAAGGAUGAGGUCAUGAAGAUCAAGCCCGUCCAGAAGCAGACCCGUGCCGGUCAGCGUACUCGCUUCAAGGCCAUCGUCAUCAUCGGUGACUCCGAGGGCCACGUCGGUCUCGGUAUCAAGACCUCCAAGGAAGUCGCUACUGCUAUCCGCGCUGCCAUCAUCAUCGCCAAGCUCAGCGUCAUCCCUGUCCGUCGCGGUUACUGGGGCGCCAACCUUGGUCUCCCCCACUCCCUCCCCGUCAAGGAGUCUGGCAAGUGCGGUUCCGUCACCGUCCGCCUUAUCCCCGCUCCCCGUGGUACCUCCCUCGUUGCCUCCCCCGCCGUCAAGCGUCUUCUCCAGCUCGCCGGUAUCGAGGAUGCUUACACCUCCUCUUCCGGCUCUACCAAGACCCUUGAGAACACUCUCAAGGCUACUUUCGCCGCUGUUUCCAACACCUAUGGCUUCCUUACCCCCAACUUGUGGAAGGAGACCAAGUUGACCCGCUCUCCUCUUGAGGAGUUCGCCGACACCCUCCGUGAGGGCAAGCGUUACGCCAACUAAGCGACUGGUUGAAAGUGGUUUUCAGCCAGCGAGGAUGGAAGGAUUCUUUCGGGCGUCUGUGGUUAUUUGAUUGCAUGGGCUCCGGGAAUGGAAUAGAUGAAGGC